UGCAGGCAACGAGGAGACGACUUUACCGACCGGAUAACGGAGAAGGACAGACCUAUAGAGAACCGAAAUGGAGGAUAAAGUUACAGAUUUCUCUGGAAAAUGGAAAAUGAAGUCUUCGGAAAACUUCGAGGAACUUUUGAGGGCGCUUGGUGUGAACGUGUUCUUGAGGAAGAUUGCAGUGGCAGCGGCCUCCAGCCCGGCAGUGGAAAUCACCCAGCAGGGAGAGACUCUGUCCAUCAAGACAUCCACCAGCGUCCGCACCACCAACGUCUCCUUCACCGUGGGUCAGUCUUUCAGCGAGACCACAGUGGAUGGACGUCCCUGCACGAGCAUUCCUAAGUGGGAAACAGACAGAAAGAUCAGCUGUGAACAGACUUUACAGAAAGGCGACGGACCAAAGACAGCGUGGACCCGAGAGCUGACCAAUGAUGGAGAACUCAUACUGACAAUGACUGCCGGGGACGUUGUCUGCACCAGAGUUUAUGAGAGGGAAUGAGGAUUUUUCUUUCCAGUACUGUCAUACAAUACUUGUGUUUUGUGCCUCGCGCAUGGUUUACAUUUACUCGCCUUGUUUUCUUCUUUUUCGUCCUCCUCCCAGAGAGUCAGAGUUGGUCAGGUCAAACAGUGCUGAAAAGGCUUCAGUUGGUACAAUAAUUGUCUUUAUAACAGUAAAACUUAUUCUUUAUGUAUCAUAACAUAUCACAUUCCUUUUUU